AUGGAAGUUGAAGUUAUUGAUGUGAAUAAACAAAAUCAUGAAACAGUAAGCUGUGUUGUUGACGGGGAUAUGAAAUGCAUCAAUGAACCUGAGGUAUGUGGCCACAUUUGUAACUGUACUUGCAGCUGUACUAACAGAGUUGUAAACGCGGAAUUGGAGGAUUUAAAGUUGGAAAUGACAAUCCUCGAACCUCGGUUGCUCAGUGUAACCUCUAAAAGUGAUAAUGAGUCUGAGAUAAAAUUACUCCGAGUAAAAUUGAAGGAUUUGGAAGCCGUAAUUCGACAUCAAGACGAAUUAAUUCAUGUACUUAACGAAGACAAUUCAUUAUUUAAGUCUAAAUUGUCAUCUAUUGUAAACUUCAUGCUCGAAUUAAGCCUAAUUAACAAGGAAAUUUCAUCUGCAGAUAAAACGACAGUUCAUUUGAAUAGGAAUAAUAUAAUCUUGACGGACAACAAUGAUCGUGGGUCAGCUAUUAGUGUAAUUAAUAAUCCAGCCGAAACAACACCUUGUAAUGGUGCACAAUUGGAGAACUUGAACAUAAACAAUGUAAGUCCAAUUAACAUUGAAAUCUCAUCUGCAGUUAAAACACCAACUAGGAUGAAUGAAAACAAUGCAACUUCAAUGUCCAUUGAAAUUCAAUCUUCCAAACAAACUCCCCGAGGCUAUCGUAUUAACACAAGCAAAAAGGAAAAAGCAUUAGUGCCGUGCCCAUUUCUGAAAAGGAAGGGUCAUUGCCAUGAAAGGAGCGAGAUGUGA